GAAAGUAAAUUUGACUGGGCGCAUUCCUUUGUGGAGAAUAUAUCUCUAUGUUGUCUGUCUGGGAAUCAAAAUGGAAGAGAAUCUGAGAUUCUUCUACACAAUCUCAGAGAAUGGAAAGUCAGCGCACAAGCUUCUCCAUGCGCCCCCUUCUUUUGACCCUCAGUUGUACUUGGCUUGGGACAAGUGAAACUCAAUUCACUUUGAUGGUUGCUUUCUUGAGAGCCUUGUGGUUUUGGGUAUUGGUGCCAGCAGAUGACCUGAUGCUAGCAUUGUCAUCAUCGCUGUUCUUUAAAACCUAUAAUAAUGAAAUCCCAGGAUUGAGUAUGGAGUAUGCACUUAUGGGCAAUUUCUUGGCAGAUAUUGGAGUUAUUCAUGAAUUCUUGAUUACAAUAGGUGGUAGCACAGACUCAGCUAGAUCAAGUUUAAAGUUUUCAGAACUCAGAAGACAUCUAAUACAAAGGCUUGCCUCAUAAACAAUAGACAUAUGUAUGUUCCAUUUCUUUUCAUUUUUGAGUCCAUAGUUGCAUCUUCCUUCAUAUCUGUCUUUUUGGAUUCUGUAUAUCUUCUCAAUGAAUUCCAAAAGGUUUUGCAUGAGACUUAUUUUCUUCUCCUACCAAGUAGUAACAGGCUAAUUUGCUAUGUUACAAGCUGUAACUACAGUGCUUUAGCAUGCUAAGUUGCUAACUUUGUGGAUAGUGAGCCUUGCUUGGGCCUAUAAAAAUCAUGUGAUCUU